AUGAAGUCCCUUCAUUUCCUUCUCCUCGCGUGUGUCGGGCUCAGUAUGGCAGCGUCAGAUGAUGAAACGAAGCUGAUUGGUAGGAGACCGAAGAUCAUUUUGUUUGGCGACAGCAUAACCCAGCAGUCUACUGGCGCUUGGGGCUGGGCGACCUUGCUGGCGGACUUGUACACAAGAAAAGCGGAUGUGGUAGUGAGGGGGUUCAACGGAUACACGACCAACAUAGCGAGGACAAUCAUAGAGCAAGCUGCAGAUAUCAAGGCAGACGGAAAUUCAACACUGCUGACGAUUUUCUUCGGCGCAAACGAUGCUUGUGAACCCGGUCAUGACAUGCAUGUUGAGUUGGACGACUACGGUCAAAAUUUGCGGAGCAUUGUCAACAAAUGCGAGCAAAAGCUUCCAGGGAUCACCAUUGUGAUCAUCUCUCCUCCUCCCAUCGACGACGAUAAGAUCGCGGAUCGAUCAUAUUUCAAUCAGAUUCUCCUGGUCCUGACGAAACAUGCGCAUUCCUAUGAGUUCUUCUUACAUCCAAGACAGACGGGCUGCACCUCUCCCGUGAAGGCGUUGGAGCCCUUCAAACAUGCCGGACCACUUCCCAAACUUCGACUCUUUCUUCGGGAUGGAUACUUUGGUGCUUCGAAAGGUUUGCGAAUGGCCUGA